UGGGCGACGUGCACAGCCGCGUCUGGCUCUUCCCGGCCUCUCCCUUCUCUCGCGGGCGCAGCCGAUCAAUAGUUAACACCCGGCUGCGGACGGCGGCUCCAUCCGCGGCAAUCACCGUAGUGCUUGUUUGCGGAAGCCGAGCGUGAGUGCGCCGCGCGCGCACCCAGUCCAGCGCGGAGUGGGCGUCUACCCGAGAAGGGGUGUCUGGGGAGGGGCUGCCCUCGUUACCCAAACAGUUUGCGCUCGCUUAACCUUGAUGCAGCUCCAGGCUUCCCAGUCAGAAAACCCGGCGCGCGCGCGCGCGCACACACACACGCCGCCCCUGGCGUCGCCGCCCGACCGGGUCCCUGCCCUUAGGGACCAGAGCGGCGACCGCUGCACCCCGCACCGCCUGCUGGAGGAGCCCCCGGAGCCGGGGCCGAGCCGCCGGCGUCCCCGAGUGCGCCCCCAGUGCGUGCCGCCGCGCUGUUGCUCGCAGUGUGCUGGCGCCGAGCUCGGUGGACACGCGCGCAGUCAGAGCUGCCUCUCGCCCUCGCUAGCUGGGCUCGCAGCCUCUUCCUCCCUCCCUGGCUCCUGGCUUUUUGUUUAAAGCAACACUCACCCUCCAUCCAGGCUUUUUUUCUUUCUUUCUUUAUUGGUAGCGGCCAAAAAGAGUUGAUUGCUAUUGGGAUCCGCUGAGUAAAGACACGGGCAGGGGUGAGCGGAGGUGAGAAAACUGAAGACCUGGAAGAUUUUUUUUUUCUUCAAAAACCCGUUUCCAUCCAGUCUUCGGCCAGUCCAGUCUACUUUAAUCCUCACCAGGACAAUGGAUUAAGUUUCUCUUCCCUGGACCAGAAGUCGGGUUCGGACUUGGGGCAAAAUGAAGGAAAAGGCCAUGAUCAAGACCGCUAAGAUGCAGGGGAACGUCAUGGAGCUGGUGGGGAGUAACCCUCCGCAGAGGAAUUGGAAAGGAAUAGCGAUUGCACUGCUUGUCAUUCUGGUCAUCUGCUCCUUGAUCGUCACCUCGGUCAUACUUCUGACACCAGCGGAAGAUAAUAGUCUGUCUCAAAAGAAGAAGGUCACUGCGGAAGAUCUCUUCAGUGAAGACUUCAAAAUUCAUGACCCCGAGGCUAAGUGGAUAAGUGAUACAGAAUUCAUCUACAGAGAACAGAAAGGAACAGUGAGACUGUGGAAUGUUGAAACAAAUACUUCUACUGUCUUAAUAGAAGGCAAAAAAAUUGAAUCAUUACGAGCCAUCAGAUAUGAAAUAUCUCCAGAUAGAGAGUAUGCACUUUUUUCAUACAAUGUGGAACCCAUAUAUCAACACUCGUAUACUGGAUAUUAUGUCCUGAGCAAAAUUCCUCAUGGGGAUCCUCAAAGUCUGGACCCACCAGAAGUCAGCAAUGCAAAACUUCAGUUUGCAGGAUGGGGCCCUAAAGGCCAACAGCUGAUAUUUAUUUUUGAAAACAAUAUCUACUACUGUGCACAUGUCGGGAAACAGGCCAUCCGUGUGGUCUCCACUGGCAAGGAAGGUGUGAUUUACAAUGGCCUCAGUGACUGGCUGUAUGAAGAGGAGAUUUUGAAGACACACAUCGCACACUGGUGGUCUCCGGAUGGCACGAGACUCGCCUACGCCACCAUCAAUGAUUCCCGUGUCCCCAUCAUGGAGCUCCCAACUUACACCGGCUCCAUCUACCCCACCGUGAAGCCCUACCACUAUCCCAAGGCUGGAAGUGAGAACCCCAGCAUUUCCCUACACGUUAUUGGCUUAAAUGGACCCACCCAUGAUCUGGAGAUGAUGCCGCCUGAUGAUCCACGGAUGAGGGAGUACUACAUCACCAUGGUGAAGUGGGCCACCAGCACCAAGGUCGCCGUGACCUGGCUGAACCGGGCGCAGAACACGUCCAUCCUCACCCUCUGCGACGCCACCACGGGGGUCUGCACAAAGAAACACGAGGAUGAAAGUGAGGCCUGGCUCCACAGACAGAAUGAAGAACCCGUGUUCUCCAAGGAUGGCCGAAAGUUUUUCUUCAUCAGAGCCAUUCCCCAGGGAGGACGAGGGAAAUUCUAUCACAUCACGGUGUCCUCGUCCCAGCCCAACAGCAGCAACGACAACAUCCAGUCCAUCACCUCCGGGGACUGGGACGUGACCAAGAUCCUAGCCUACGACGAGAAGGGGAAUAAGAUCUACUUCCUGAGCACGGAGGACCUGCCUCGGAGACGACAACUCUACAGUGCCAACACGGUGGGCAACUUCAACAGGCAGUGCCUCUCCUGCGACCUGGUUGAGAACUGCACCUACUUCAGUGCUUCCUUCAGCCAUAGCAUGGACUUCUUCCUGCUCAAGUGCGAAGGUCCUGGUGUUCCUAUGGUGACGGUGCACAACACAACAGAUAAGAAAAAAAUGUUUGACCUAGAAACAAAUGAACAUGUCAAGAAGGCCAUAAAUGACCGACAGAUGCCUAAAGUGGAAUACAGGGACAUUGAGAUUGAUGAUUACAACCUGCCCAUGCAGAUCCUGAAGCCAGCAACCUUCACCGACACCACCCACUACCCUCUGCUCCUGGUGGUGGAUGGCACCCCGGGCAGCCAGAGUGUGGCUGAGAAGUUUGAGGUGGGCUGGGAGACGGUGAUGGUGAGCAGCCACGGCGCGGUGGUGGUAAAGUGUGACGGCCGUGGCAGCGGCUUCCAAGGGACCAAGCUCCUGCACGAAGUGAGACGGCGGCUGGGCUUGCUGGAGGAGAAGGACCAGAUGGAGGCCGUGCGGACGAUGCUGAAGGAGCAGUACAUUGACAGGACGCGCGUGGCCGUGUUCGGGAAGGAUUACGGUGGCUACCUGAGCACCUACAUCCUCCCAGCAAAGGGAGAAAAUCAAGGCCAGACAUUCACCUGCGGCUCUGCUCUCUCUCCAAUAACAGACUUCAAACUCUAUGCCUCUGCGUUUUCCGAGAGGUACUUGGGCCUCCACGGACUUGACAACAGAGCAUACGAGAUGACCAAGGUAGCCCAUCGAGUCUCCGCGCUGGAAGAACAGCAGUUCCUGAUCAUUCAUCCCACUGCCGAUGAAAAAAUUCAUUUCCAGCACACAGCAGAACUCAUUACACAACUAAUUAGGGGAAAGGCUAAUUACAGCUUACAGAUUUACCCAGACGAAAGCCAUUACUUUACCAGCUCCAGCCUCAAACAGCAUCUGUACCGGUCCAUCAUCAACUUCUUCGUGGAAUGCUUCAGGAUCCAGGACAAACUGCCGACAGUCACAGCGAAAGAGGACGAGGAGGAGGACUAACCUCAGGUCGCUCUAAGCACAAACGUGGCUCUUUCUACAACAAGAUGCAACCGAGGGAUUUCCCUGCCCUCCCUCUUCCCUCGGAGGGGCGGGGCGGGGCGGGGCCGGGUGUUCCAUAGCAUGGGUGUCUCGGAUGCCGAAGGCAGUUUUGCCUGGGAAACAAGCUCCUUCCCCGGGGUCAUCACUCACGGCCUCCAUGGCACCAGGGACAACGCUGUCCCCGCAGCAGCGCCUCCUCCGGGCGCCCGAGAGACCGGCACACCAUGGCCCCUCCCCCAGGGAACAGAGCAAAGGAUGGUGGCCGCAGACCCCACGCGAGCCCACAGGACACCGGCCCCUAGAUUCCAGCCACCAAGCGGAAGCAUGAGACCCGCCCACACUAGCCUCUGUGUUCCCGUUAGCGGCAUCACACCCUGUCUCAUGUCACAGUGCCAUGGACGCAGCAGUUACAGCACAAUUGUUUUAGCAGUGCGUGUUCAUAUAUGGGCUUGCUACUUCCUGUAAUUAGGACGUUCAACAUGGUGAGGGGCUACAAGAAAACCCUUUUCUGUACAGAGUCUUACUGUAGCUACGCUAAUGGUUAACCUGAUAGAAUUAACUCGUAUUUUUCUAUGGUUUUAACCUGAUGCUCCACUGUCUCAGUCAUGGGGUUGUUUUGCUGUUUGGGGUUUGGCCUUGUUUCGCUUUCCUUUCUCCAGUCCACGUGUAGACUUUGCGCUUGUUUGGAUGAAGAAGCAGAUCGGAUGUAACUGCUCCCUCCUCAAGGUUGUCUUCAGACGUCUUGGAGACGUUCCUAAACACUGAGGGGGAAGACAGCCAAUAGCACCCAUUAAAAGAAGUACCUAAAUAAAACCUCUCUCCCACUCAGCUAUGCUAGGGCUUGGCUGUAGGUGUGCACUGUCUAUUUACAUCCGUCCUUACAACCAUCCUUGUCCUCCUUGGUACCGUAUCAAGCUCUUUCCCAUGACAUUUGGUUAAAAAAAAAACAAACAAAAAAAAACAAAAAAGACAAAGCGUCAACUCCACCCGCAGGCCUGCUGUGUGUGCUCAGGCCACAGGAGUCCUGAGGGUUCUGUGGGCCUGCACGCAUCCCUCUCCCAUCGUGGGGGUGGCUCCGUGACCUUCCUGCCACGAGCAGGAGGUUGAUGAUGUGCUACGUUAGCCUUGUAAGAUACACCCCCACCAAAUGUGCGGCCGGUGUUCCCAGUGUAUAUUUCAUUCUGUUGUAUAUAAAGGAAGCAAUGUGUGUCAGGCCUCUGUGCAGUCAACCCAGCCUCCUCCCGCCAGUGCUAACCCCGUGUUGAGCCUGCAUGCUGACACUGUGGCUGAUCUGGACUCUAGAAGUGCUAGUUUGAAAUAUAUCCAUUACCGUCAUUUCCUUUUGAGCUUGUGGACAAGCUGAAUGUCAGGACUGACUUCUCCAGCUCCCAGCCCUGCGGGGGUGUCCUUGGCAUCCCAUCAGCAGAGGAGAUGCGUCCCUGUUGCAUUUUGGCGUUUGGGGCUUUGGGUUUAUCCACAUGAGCUCUGAACGUCCGUUAUAGUUAGGGUGAUUGGAAGGUCUCCAUCACUGGGUGUUUUAAAGGUGAUUCACCACCAUUUGUGAAAGGACCAACGUGCUGAUAAACAGGACCGAUCCGAGUGCUACAUGACUGUGCGUUUGCUAUUUCAAUGGGCCUGAACGACUACAGAGCCAGCUAGGUCUGGAAGGGGAAGCCAGCUCUGGCCACGACAUCUGGUCGGAGGGAAGUGGGGAUGUGGCAUGGUAGCGUCUGUUCAUCCAUGGAAUAAAACAUUAUUUUACCAC